AAUGCAUGAUCGAGACUAUUAUUAGAAAGUAAAGGAAUCUGGUUCCGGUCCGGAUAAAGUACCAGCGCUCGUUUUAGAUGAUUGAUUACAGUUACUCACUCGUUGGAGUUUUAAUAUUUUAAUGCAUUUGCUUUUUAGUCAUAUAAACGCGGUACCAGACCAAUGCGUGAACAUACUUGCAGCAGUCUAUAAAUAUAACACUGUAGCUUUAUUUGUAGUGCUGCAAUGCAUUUGAUUCACGUCUACGGUAAGAAGUAUGAACGUGGCAGCAACUGGUCCGAACCAGAGGUGCUUGAGCUGCUGCAGAUCUGGUCGGACGUGCCGGUCCAAACCGAGCUAGUGACCUGCCUCAGAAACCAGCAUGUGUUCAACCGAAUCGCCAGCACUCUGCGGCAGAAGGGCAUCAAUCGGACCGGGGAUCAGUGCAGGGAGAAGAUCAAAAAGUUGAAGCUGGAGUACAAGCAGAAGACUUUGAGAUCCGCGAGGUAUUACGAGCUGAUGGAAAGGGCGCAGAGCAACCGAUCCGCCGCAACCUCCGGUUCGACUUUGCCUUUAUGGGGCGGUACGGUGACGAACCAGGCAACCGGACUGCAGGGGUCAGAGGCGCCGGGUCACCCGCCCAGAGUAGGUGAAAUGCUGGAGAUCAAGACGGAGGUGAUGAGCUCCGAUGAUGAAGCGGCGGGCCCGCCUGAGAUGAUCUAUGAGUUCGGACCUGUUGAUGAGGAUGAUGAAGGCGCUGCUGAACACAAACAUGCGGGUCCAAACACAGAGGAGAACACUGAGAUGGACGGAGAGCAGGGAAACGCACAUGUCAUCUGUUCCCAAUCAGAUUGCAGUGACCAGAACAUGACUGGCUCCUCCAAUGCAGGAGUAUCCCCGGCAACAGCUCCCAUGGCAAUGAGAGAAGGAGGUAGCCAUGGCGACCAAGAAGGGGGUUCCGGAUCAUUCCAUCAGAGGAAGCGUCGCCGAGUGGGACGUGGGGGCGAAGGGGUGUUAUCGAAUGCUCUGGCUGGGUAUCUAAGCUGGCAGCAGACAGCAGAAGAGCGUUUCCUGGCUCUGGAGGAGGCCCGGAUGCAGCAGGAGGCACGGGCUGAGGAGCGGAGGGAGCAGCAGGAGGAGAGACGAGCAAAGCAAGAGAGAGAUCAUGAGUUUCGUCUCAUGUCCAUGUUGACCAGGGUCCUGAGUUCAUCACGUGGGGCGGAAGACCAGAGUGCCUCCACCAGCAGGGAAACGUUCCCGGUGCCCAGCACAUCACAAACCUUGCUCCCCUGUUUGUUACCCAACAGUGCCAAAACUGUACCCAGCAUGCUUUGGGGUGAUCAGACGGCCCAGUACAGCCCGUACCUGUCUUGCCGUGGCAACAGCAUGCGGCUGCACCACGGAAUCCUGCAGGAAGGCUACAACCAGUAUCACGCCAACAAGCACGACGAGAAUUCAAACCCACAUGGCAUUAUAAACUUAGGAACCAGUGAAAACAAGCUGUGCUUUGACCUCCUGCAGAAAAGGCUGAUGCGACCUGACAUGCUUCACAUUGAACCUGCUUUCUUACAAUACCCCGAUUGGAAAGGCCACAGUGUCCUUCGAGAGGAAGUUGCUAAGUUCCUCUCAGACUACUGUCGUUCUCCCAAACCUCUAAAACCUGAGAAUGUUGUUGUUAUGAACGGUUGUGGGUCUGUGUUCUCGGCUUUGGCAGCAACGCUCUGUGACCCAGAAGAUGCCAUUCUUAUCCCGUCGCCCUUCUAUGGUGUGAUUACAGAGGAUGUGGGCUUGUACAGCACUGUCAAACUGCACCAUGUGCCACUUUAUAGUCAGCCCACAGGAAGUGAUGUCAGACCAUUCCAGCUAACUGUCGAGAAAUUGGAGAACUCUCUUAAAGGGGCCAAGAAAGAGGGAUUGAACAUCAGAGCCCUUAUCCUGUUAAACCCCCACAAUCCACUGGGAGAGAUGUACUCGUCUGAAGAGUUGAUCAGCUUUCUACAGUUCGCCAGAAUGCACAAGCUUCAUGUGAUCAUGGGUGAGAUUUACAUGCUCUCCGUGUUCAAUGAGACGGACAAGUUUUGCAGUGUUCUCAGUUUGGACGGCUGUGUGUCUCCAGGCUGGUUCAGAAUCAUCUUCACUGAUCGACUGCACAAACUGCAGCUAGGUGUGCAGAGGAUUAAAAAUGCAUUAGAAGAACUUCAGGGCUCUUCAGUGCUUGAGACAAAGAGGACAACAAGUGACGAACAGGAUGACAGUCGUGGGACCGUGAGGAGGGAAGACACUAAGACAAUGGAUGAGUGCAAAGAGCAGACACACAAGACCUCCAGCGUUCAAACCAAACUUGACACAGUGCGCAUUAAGACAGAGCCCGUCUCACUGGCUGAUGAAAACUUUACAAUUCUUAACGGCCAAUCUGACAUCCGCUCAGAGAGUCUGGACUCUUUGAUUGGUACGCUGCGACAGCAGAUCCACGUGUCUGAUUGGCUGGAGAAGCACAAGCCAGAGUUGGCUGCUGGACAGGACCCGACACAAUUGGAUGUUUUCACAGACCUGCUCGAUAAAGCCAGGAAAUAGAGUAACAGUUGGUAGAAACAAGUUUGUGCAACGCAACUGUCAAUACAAAUACAUUUUUUAAUGAAUGAUACUUUCACCUCAUGUACAGUUUAGAGGCAAAGUCUGUAAUUGCAGAAACAACACAACGGCGAUCCUUGUAAUUAGAGAUUGAAACAAUUAUGGAGAGUCACCACAGCAGUAUAUGAAAAUGUUGUUAUUGUUGGAGGUUUUUAUACUUUAAUUAUUACCCUGGCUAUCACAGUAAUUGGAGACUGCCCCUUUAAUUGCACUCAUAUCAAAUUCUAAGCAUCCAAUCUAUUGUCUUUGAGUUGUUUUAAAGGGGUCUUAUUGUGAGGAAUCAAUUU